UUCAAUUUUCUUUCUUUCUCUGAAAAACCAAGACACACACACUCUCUCACAAUCCCUCACUCAUUCCUCCAUUCAAAUCCCUAAAUCCCAAAACCACACUAUGCCUCCCAAUUCUCACCGUCACACUCGCUCUCGCUCUCACUCUCACGCGCCUCCUCCGCCUCCGCCGUCGCAGCUCGUCUCCAUCGACCCCAAAAUCUGGCGAGCCUGCGCCGGCAACUCCGUCACCAUCCCCACUCUCCAUUCUAGGGUUUACUACUUCCCCCAGGGCCACCUCGAACACUCCACCACCUCCUCCUCCUCCGCUCCGGUUCUUCUCUCCCCUCUCGUCCUCUCCAAGCCUCUCAUUCUCUGCCGCAUCGCCGCGGUCCAGUUCCUCGCCGAUCCCACCACCGACGAGGUCCUCGCCAAGCUCCUCCUCCAUCCUGUUCACUCCGGACUCUCCCCUCACCACCGCGAACUCAGCGCCGCCGCCGCGGCGGAGGAGGGAGAGGAGGACGACGAUGGCGGCGAUAGGGUGGUGUCGUUCGCUAAGAUCUUGACUCCUUCCGAUGCUAACAAUGGCGGUGGUUUCUCUGUCCCGAGGUUCUGUGCUGACUCGAUUUUCCCGCCGCUUAACUACCAGGCUGAGCCGCCGGUCCAGACGCUCUCCGUCACCGACCUGCACGGCGGCGUUUGGGACUUCCGCCACAUCUACCGCGGGACUCCCCGGAGGCACUUGCUCACCACCGGCUGGAGCAAGUUCGUCAAUCACAAGAUGCUCGUCGCCGGCGACUCUGUGGUGUUCAUGAGGAGCUCCAGAGGUGGGGAGAUGUACGUCGGGGUAAGGCGGACCAUGAGGGCGAGCGCCGGCGGCGAUUGCGGCAGGUGGAGCUCUCACAUUGGGCUGAAGUCGGAGGAGGAAGGUUCUGGAAGUGACGGCUUUAAGACUAAGCUUUCGGCGGCGGCUGUGGCGGAGGCUGCGGAGAUGGCGGCGCAGGACAUGGCGUUUGAGGUGGUGUAUUAUCCGAAAGCUGGGUGGGCCGACUUUGUGGUGAAGGCAGAGGUGGUGGAGAAGGCAUUGAAGGUGUUUUGGACGGCUGGGAUGAGAGUCAAGAUGGCCAUGGAGACUGAUGACUCCUCCAGGAUGACUUGGUUUCAGGGCACUCUGUCUUCGGCCUUUGUUCCGGAGAAUGGGCCUUGGAAGGGAUCCCCAUGGCGUAUGCUUCAGGUUACAUGGGAUGAACCUGAAGUUCUGCAGAAUGCUAAGAGGGUGAGCCCAUGGCAAGUUGACUUUGUUGCAUCAACACCUUCUCUUCAUACUGUACCUUCGCUUCAUACUGUAUUUCCCCCAACAAAGAGACUCCGAGCUCCACUGAAUCCUGGGCUGCUGAGAAAUGGAGAGGAAGAAUUCAUGAUACCUAUAACCGGAGCAGCUAAUUCAACAAUGGGGCAAUUCAAUGCUUCCUUGUUGAACUAUAACAUUUUUCCUGCUGGCAUGCAGGGAGCCAGGCAAGAUCUAUUCUGUGUAUCCAAUGUAUCUCAUUUGUUAAAUGAAAAUUCUCCUCGGAUGUGCACCUAUAAUUCCUUUGGCAACAACAACAUGGUGCCAAGGUUGAAGAGGGUGUCAACUGAGUUGAACAUUGGAAGUCCACAGUCUGAUCAAUUAUCACCAGAUAGCCAGAGUAGUCCACAUUCCUUUGGCAUGGAACUUGAUGGGAACCGAAACUGCAACUCGACAAAGGUCGGAAGAAGUUCUUUUCAACUCUUUGGUCAGACCAUUCAACUUGAAGGUAUUGAUGCUGUUGGUUGCACUGGGGACGGUGGCAAUAUAGGGUAUAAUGAAACUGAACUUCUGAACAACCAACUGGAUCUUUCUUAUACCAAACUGCUUGAAAGGAUUGAUGUUCGAGUCUCAGCUGUUGAAGCUUGUACUUUGUAAACUACUUGUGGCAGCUACGUCAUGCAGUUAAGUCAGUGUACAGGCUCUCAAGUCUUGCACAAGCUGAUUAGGAUUAUUGACCGUUGCAGUAGUGUUUUGUGUGUAUUCGGGUUUGUCUAGUUUGUGGCUUUGGACGUCGAAACAAUCAAUCUGUAGACUUGGUUUUCAAGUUUGGAAACUGAGUAUUAGAUGCUAAUGCUAGAAGAUGCUAUAUUAUUGUUCUUCAGGUUUAUGUGUAAUUUAAAUCUUUACUUGUUUAUUGGAUUCUAUGUAAUUGUGAUGGUUUGCUACUACACCCCAUUUUGGAAUUAUGGUUUUCCUGAUAAAAAUGGCAGGGAAUGUGUUUUUGUUUCAUAAAA